AAAGAAAAAAGAAAGUAGAAAAGCACAUCUGUCAACGGCAGCGUCAAUUACUUGUAGGUGCCUUUUUGGAGAGGAAAAAUAUCCCUUUCGCAUAGGAUUCGUCAAACCUUAAAAAUCUACACCGCUUCUGGCACACACACCUAGGCAGAGUAAGAUGGAGCUAUUUCCCUAAAACUGAUUCUGGGUUCUCUUAAUUAUGGCUGGAAAGAGAAGAAAGAAAUUGAAAUUAUUAGCUGAAACAAUCAAAGAAGAUACGAGAGCUUCAACUGGACAGCCAGAUGAGCUUUCCGUGCUUCCAACAGAGAUCUUGGAACUGAUAAUCUCUCUGUUAACCUUCAGAGAUAAUAUCCGUGCUUCUGCUGUUUGUAGACGAUGGCACACCGUUGCAAAUGGGGUUAGAAAGGUCAAAAAACCUCCCUGGCUUAUGUUUUUCCCAAAAUCUGGUGACUUGCAUAAAUUCUACGACCCUGCUCAGCGCAAAACUUAUUGGCUUGAAUUACCAAAGCUACAUGGCUCUAGGCUUUGUUACGCUAAGGAUGGCUGGUUGCUGCUGUAUAAGCCCAAAACUCAGCACGUGUUCUUUUAUUGUCCUUAUACGCAAGAAAAGAUCAAAUUACCUAAACAAGAGUUGGGAUUCCAAAAUGUUGCUUUUUCUGCCGCUCCAACAUCUCCUAGCUGUAUUCUCUUUACAGUAAAGCAUGUGAGCGCAACUAAUAUUACUAUUGGCACUUGUCAUCCUGGAGCAACUGAAUGGACUACUGUCAAUUACCAAAACCGUAUGCCAACAGUCACCAGCCUGCUUUUCUGCAAUGGUCUUUUUUAUUGUUUGAGUAUUACAGGUUUGUUGGGGGUUUAUAACCCUAAUGAAAGUACUUGGGAUGUUCAUUCUGUUCCUCCAGCCAGAUGUCCUAAUGCUUUUUGCGUCAACAAUUGGUGGAAAGGAAGAUUUAUGGCCGAACAUAAUGGGGACAUUUUUGUUAUAUACACUUGUUCUGAUUUAAACCCAGUGAUAUACAAGUUAGACCAAACAAAUAAAGUAUGGAUGGAUAUGGAAACUUUAGAAGGCUCGACACUGUUUGCAAGUAUCUUGUCAUCCCAAGCAAGGAUGGAUCUCAAUGGAAUGAUGAGAAACAAUAUUUAUUUCCCUGAAGUUUUAUAUUAUGGUAAACGAUGUGUAUCUUACUCUCUUGACAGUGGUAGAUAUCAGCCCCGAAAUCAGUGCUAUGAUUGGGCAGAAAAGGAUCCUUAUGAGAGCAUUUGGAUUGAUGCCCCAGAGGAUCUAUCAAUCUUUCUUUAAAAGGGACAGAAACUGGUAAUAUUAUAUCGCAAAUAUUUAUGACUUUUUUGUAGGUCUAAAUUUUCUUGUUACAGUUAUAUGGUUGACUGUCAGCGGUAAUUGUUUUGGAAAAUGUAGCUGUUUUUCAC